UGUAAACAUUUUUCACAACAUUUUUUUAGGUUAUGUCGUAGUUUUGAAUUUAUUUAUUUUUCUUCACUUUCUAUUUUUAGUUUUAGUGAAAUAACAAUAACGCGUUGAUAAUAUACUUAUCUUUGUUUAAAUGUGUAUGUAUCGUACUGAAGUUGAACAAGAACAUUUAGGCAUAUAAGCUCAAUAAGUAAGCACCGAGCAGCGAUGAUAACAAUUUUGUUAUUCAAUCAAAUGAUUGUGUGAAAAAUCAGAUAGGAUGUCAUUGGAAACUGCAAAACCUAUUAGUAAACUACAGAUUUAUGCUGUACAGAUUUUAUUUGCAGUCUCUAUCUCUGUAGGAUAUCAAGGUGUUAGCUUCGAUGGCGUCGACGAUGCACAGAAGUGGCUGCUGAUUAUUGCGCGCUACACGGUGUACCUAUAUUUAAUACGGGGCACCGGAGUUUUGGUCGCAUUGUCGCACAACGCGUUCCGCUUUAAGCAGCCCUUAAACUUCCACAAGCUGUACAGACAGCACCAGAAGGACUGGCUUAUAUUCGCCGGGGCACUCGCCACGCUGGUAUUCCGUAAACAGAAGGUGUUUGGACCGGACUUCGUGUUCUUAUUUGCGGCCAAACUUGUCACUGAUUAUACUGAGAUGGAGAAGCAAUCAAAGACUGUGACGUACGGCACGGGCAUGGCGUGCAGCUUCUUCGAGGGCUACCUGACGCACGUCAUUCCCAGCGAUGGGCACCGCUUCGUGGGCUUCGCGGAGAACAUCCGCGUGUUUGAGCAGAACGAAGGCGUGGUCUUCCCCGUCAAGAGGCUGUUCAUCGUGGUCACAAAGAGCCUGUACUGCCCGCCUGAUCUCAAGCUCUUCAACAAGGACAGGCCCGGCCUGUCCUACAUUGAGGCUUGCAAGUCCCUAGAAGACGUGAUGAAGGACGUUGCUGGCGUGAAGAACCGCACGUACCGCAACUCGGCGUACAAGAUCCACCGCGCCAACAAGCCGCCGGUGUACCUCGCCGUCGAAUGCGCCACGCCCAUCCACACGCUGCACCUCGUACUCAAGAACCGCACGCUGUAUGACGAGCUGGACGGCAUCGACGAGGCGGAGGUAGUUCGCGACUUCACAGGCAUGCUGCGCUCUAUCAUUGCUAAGAGUCCUGAGUGCCAGAACCGCUGCGAGAUUGUCUACUACGACAACACAGACCCAGAUCAGAAUUUGGCUGACGUUCUGCUGGACAAGAUCCGCGAGCUCCAACCAGACUUUGAGGACAUUAUCAGAGGAGAAGCCAAUUAAAUGGUACAUUACUCUUAUUUAAUUUCAUUCCGCAAGGUAUGAUUUUGUAGAGUUGUAAAAAACAAGUAGAAAAUAGUUCGUAUUCUCUCCACCAGGCGGCGCCACUGUGAGUCUCAUGCAAAUACGCCGAAAUCAAGUUAUCGAGUAAAACUCGCAUUAUUAUGAAUCAGUCUAUAUUCUGUGUUGAGAACAGCUAAAUUAUUGUUAUUGGAUAUUGGUGAUGAUGAUUGACCAAAUUAUUCUUAUUGAUCGAAAAUCAUUCUAUUACCGUUUACAAUUUGAAAUACAGUGAGUAUAAAUAUACAAUUUUUAAUAAAUGUUUUUAGAUUGCGUUACGCACGUUUGGUGAAAUUUCGUUUAUGUUUAUAAUGAAGGUGACGAUGCCUUGGUUUGUUUUUUCUAAGUUGACUAGCCAAAUGAUAAUUCAAAGUAUGUACCUACUUUAUUCUAGCCCUCAGUUAAUUACUACGUUUGAAAUCAAUUAGUUUGAUGGCG